UUUAAUGCGCGAUAUAUGUCCACCGCCCUUCCGCUCCAUAGAGGAGGUAAAGGAUCCUACCCCACCGCAACGUUCCGCCCCUCACCUCCCAUCCCAUCCUCCCGAGAGCUUUCCUCCUUCCCAUCACCCGAGGCUGCCGUCCCUCUGCGCCCAACCACCUCCCCCUUCCCUUCUUUUCUUUCGGGUAUUUCCGGAAAUGGAUGGUGGGCAGCCUCCUCCCCCGAUAGAACAGUACUCUCUUUCCAUUCCCGGUAGCCCCAGCAGCACCACUACCAGUAGCUCCGCCACCGCCGCAGCCGCAGCCGCCGAAGCCUCCGGCGGUGGCGGCGGAGGGAGUUCGAGCAGCAGCAUCAGCAGCAGGAAAUGCAAGGGAAAGGGAGGACCGGACAACGGGAAGUUCCGAUACCGGGGGGUGCGGCAGCGGAGCUGGGGGAAGUGGGUGGCGGAGAUUCGGGAGCCGAGGAAGCGGACGAGGAAGUGGCUCGGGACGUUCUCCACCGCCGAGGAUGCAGCCAGGGCCUACGACCGUGCGGCGCUGGUUCUUUAUGGUCCUCGCGCGCAGCUGAAUCUCCAGCCCUCCUCCGCCGCCGCGACAGGCGGUGGAUCUUCCUCGUCCUCCUCGACGUCCACCCUUCGUCCUCUUCUCCCCCGUCCCUCGGGCUUCCCCUUCCCUCUCCUCCCUUCCUCAUCCUCCCCCUAUGCCUUCCCUCCUGUAAUGUACUCCAACCCAACGGAGAGUACCAUCAUCGCGCAUGGGCCAAUCGGCUCCAGCAGCGGCGGCGGUUAUCAGUACUGCGUGCCCAUCGAGCAGGGACGGGUGGAGCAUGGACCGGUGGUGCCGGCCCCUGCGCCUGCGUCUGGGCCAAGCCAUGUCGUCGGGGCCGAUACUGGUGUACACGAGGACAUCAGCUCCCUUGCCGGGUCGGUGAGCUCGAGCCUGUCGCUCUCCAACCAGCCUGUGGCGCCGGUGGAGGCCACGACAUCAAUGCCGCUCGUGUCAUCACCGGUGUGGAAUUAUGAUGAUUAUGCUGAAGCAGCUUCUUCCUUGUGGGAUGAUGGAGAUCCCUUCUUCUUCGAUCUAUGAUGAACAAGAGCAACAAAAUAGCUCUGCUGAUACUACUAUAGGAUCGAUAUAGGGAGAAUUAGGGUUUCUGCUAUGCAUGCAUGCUUUGGAAGUAUUCUUAAACUGCAUCAUCAUGUUUGCUGCAUUGUCUAUUUUUUUAAUUAAUAAUUUUUUUAUACUUUGAGACUUGAAGUACUUUGCUAUUUGUUUUGUACUGCGAGCAAAAAAUUGACACUUCCAACCUUCUAGUAAGUUUAUGAUCAAGAAAGCAAGCAAGCAGCAGUCCAAGUGAUGAGGAGGAGACUGCACCAGAUGACAUAGGAUUAAGAGGGCAUGCAAGCUAGAGCUGCAGUUUCGAUCGUAGUUAUAUAUGUAUGAAGAGAACAUAUAUAUACUGCCUCUUAAAGUUUCUAUUGCCUGGGCUCAGAGAUUUAGCUAUGCAGUGAUGUUGGCACUACUCCUUGGAUUAGGCCAUGUUGGGUCCAGAUAAAAGACCUUGUCAUUCUUAUCAUUCUGGUCGUUACUCUCCUUACUAAGAUUGAGGCUCGUUUGGAUGCUAUUCCCAUGGUAUUGAAGUGAUGGCAUUUCUACUAUUUUACUAAAUUUUGUAAUGAAUCUUGAUGAGACAAAAUAAAGACUUUCUGGAGGAAUUUGCUGCCCACCAUCAUAAAUACAGCAUGCUAGAAUUUCAAGUGAAAUCUCGGAGGUUGUUGCGAUUAUGAAGAUGCAACUGAACUAUAUGUGCUAUGGUUCAGAUUAUCAUUUUUGACAGCGAAUUGGAUCAUGUUACACAUGCUUUCUCAUUGAUCUGUUGAAAUUUAUAGGGAAGUUUGGAACUUGUAGUAUGCAUGAAUCGUUGCUAUUUGCCCUUUAAUUUUUGGAGGAUGCCGCUUUCCAAUACUGGAAGAAUGGGAUACGAUCGAUCAUCUAUCAAGAAGAGUAGAGAGCGGGUAAUAGCCAUUACCUUUACCAUCAAAGGUGGUUGGUUAAUUAAUCAAAUGGAAAGCGCUUUGUAAGACAACAAAGCAGCCAACACUAGCUCAAGAUCUCGGUUUGUUUCUAAUCCAAUAUGAAGUCUUGGAUUCUGAUAUUUAUAGCGGGCUCUGGAAGAACUGGAAGGCUGCUCUUGGAUGGUAAAUAUCCCAACAUAAACAUGUCAAGAAAUGAGGUGGCUGCAUCUUUACCAUAUAUAUCACAAGGCAAUCAUGACAUGUUUCCAGACCUUGAGUUCAAAUACAGUCUUAUGUGAUUUGAUGAGUUCCAUUCCAUGCUAUUCAUGUGCUUGUUUAUUUGAUCAAAAUGACAAGUAAAUAAUGUCUUGAUGAAGUGGUUAUUCACUUUAAAAGAUAAAUGGUAGUGUUGAGGAGGGAAAGUUAUAUUUAGUUCAUCUUUAAGAAAAGUUAUGUCCAGUUGUUUGGGAUUGUUAAAUACAAAUUUGGAGGGCCUUGAAAUUAAUAUCC